GAAUUAUUCUAGACAUUGUACAUUUAUCAACAUGAUUUGUCUUCAAAGAGUGAUUAUUUUUGUGUUCUGUUCUGUUUUUAUAACGGAAGGAAGAUUGGAAAAUGAAGAAUGGAAAAUUCAUAUGGAAGAGAAAAUGGAGGAAAUGUUCCUAUUGAUAGAGAGACAAAAUACAGUCAUUGAAAAACAAUCAAAAUCCAUUGAGAUGCAAUAUAUAGAAAUAAAAAAUCUAAAAAGCAAAGUCCAAUUUCUUGAGAGUAAAUCUGGAUUGGGUAUUGUGGAGGACCGAACGGACGAAGUUAACAGCACGAUCAAUAAAGCAGAGGGGGAAGUCGGAAAUGUGGAUGUUAAGAGACCCAUGCAUGACGCAGAAUCCAACAAGGGCCCAAUGCGAAGAUUCCUUUCACCAGGUUUGGCCGAGGGUCAUGUAGCAUUUUAUGCCUACAUUUCAAAAGACUUCGGUGGAGUUGGCGUGGAUCACGUUUUUCUCUAUGAUACUGUGGUUACGAAUUACGGAAACGCGUACAGCCAACAUUCUGGAGCUUUCACGGCGCCCACCACGGGGGUUUAUGCAUUUUGCUACACUAUUUAUGCUGCCGGUGAACAUGUUGCGGGGGAGUCGGGCGACUACGGCGAAGUGUCUGUCCAAUUGGUUCAUAACGGUGCGUACAAAGGUUCCAUUCAUGCUGAUACGGAGGCAAACUGGGAAGAGGAAAUGUCAACUGGAUUCGCCAUUCUAAUGUUACAAGCUGGAGACGUUGUGCUGAUAAUGUCAAAAGGUGCAGGUCAAGGCUCCUUUCACAGCAACGAGUCGGGAAGAUGGUCCUUUGCAGGGUUCCAGAUAGCUUAAACAAUGUGUUAC